UAUUUAUUUAUAGUUUUUGGUUUUUUUUUUUUAAAUUUUUAUAUCUCUCUCUAAAUUCUCUCAUUUUCUCACUCUGUACACUCUUGGAUCGAAAGGCGGCUCGAAAUCUGGACCUCUCGAUUGGUGGUGCUCUGUGGAUCCGAGCAUAGAUUAGACUUGAUUGAUUAUUCGGCGGAGAGAAGAACACCCUUUUAAUGGUAGGAAUUCGUUUGGCGUGAAAUUAGGGUUUUCUUCUUCUUUUGAUUCGAAUUUGUUUUUGGGGAUUAGGGUUUUUCUGUUUCGUUUUUGGUUCUUUUGGCUGAUUAUUUUUAUUUUGGUUUUUGUUCUGUUGGUAUGGUCGAUCUAGGGUUUUGCGGAGUGCAAAUUGGGGAAUUGGGGGUGGGUGUAGAAUUAAAGGGGGUAGAGGAUUGAUGGUACUAGUUGGGAUUAAAGGUGGGAUCGAGGCUAAAAUUGGGGAAAAUGCAAGGCUAUGCAUGGGAGGGAAGGUGAAGAGAGGAAACGGAGUCGGCACAUGUGGACAGUCCCUACGCGUGUAGUUGCAGUCGAUGGUUCUUCUUCGUCGUGUUCAUCUUCACCCAAUUCGUUUUACAAGGACGGACGCAAGAUCACCGUUGGUGACUGUGCUCUGUUUAAACCUCCUCAAGAUUCACCUCCUUUCAUUGGAAUAAUUCGUUGGGUAACAACAGGCAAAGAUAAUAAGUUGAAAUUAGGUGUAAAUUGGCUUUAUCGUUCUGCUGAAGUAAAGCUUGGUAAAGGCAUCCUGUUGGAUGCUGCACCGAAUGAAAUUUUCUAUUCCUUUCAUAAGGAUGAGAUUCCUGCUGCGUCGCUACUCCAUCCAUGUAAAGUUGCAUUCAUUCCUAAAGGUUUUGAACUUCCAUCUGGUAUUUCGUCUUUUGUGUGCCGACGGCUUUAUGACAUCACAAACAAGUGUUUAUGGUGGCUAACGGAUCAAGAUUAUAUUAAUGAACGACAGGAAGAAGUAGAUCAGUUGUUAUAUAAAACAAGAGUAGAAAUGCAUGCAACAGUGCAGUCAGGUGGCCGAUCUCCAAAGCCAACUAAUGGUCCAACUUCAACUUCACAGUUAAAAGCUGGCUCAGAGAGUAAUCAGAACAGUUUGUCUUCCUUUUCUUCUCAAGUUAAGGGGAAGAAAAGAGAGAGAGUAGAGCAGGGUUCUGAGCCUUUGAAACGGGAGCGCUUUACAAAAGUAGAUGAUGGGGAUUCUGGUCACUAUAGACAGGAGAGCGUUUUAAAAUUUGAGAUAACCAAGAUAACUGAAAAAGGAGGGCUUGUUGACUCUGAAGGAGUUGAGAAAUUGGUGCAGCUCAUGCUGCCUGAUAGAAAUGAAAAGAAAAUAGAUUUGGCUGGUCGGUCAAUGCUUGCUGGAGUUAUAGCAGCCACAGAUAAAUUUGAUUGCCUUAGCCGAUUUGUGGAGCUUCGUGGCUUGCCUGUAUUUGAUGAGUGGCUCCAGGAAAUUCAUAAGGGGAAGAUUGGUGACAUUAGUGGAUGUGGAUCAAAGGAUGGUGACAAAUCAAUUGAGGAGUUUCUCUUGGUUUUACUUCGUGCACUUGAUAAGCUUCCUGUGAAUCUUGAUGCCUUAAAAACGUGUAACAUUGGAAAGUCUGUGAAUCAUUUGCGUUCUCAUAAAAACUCAGAAAUCCAGAAGAAAUCCAGGAGUCUGGUUGAUACAUGGAAGAAACGCGUUGAAGCUGAAAUGAAUAACAAUGAUGUGAAGUCUGGCUCAAAUCAAGCUGUCUCCUGGGCUGGAAGAUCAUCACGUCUUCCUGAAGUUGGAAACAGACAUUCAAGUGGACUGUCUGAUGUUGCUGUAAAGAGCUCAGUUGGACAGGUUUCUGCUUCCAAAUCUGCUUCAGUUAAGAUUGUCCAUGGCGAGAGUACUACUAGGUCUGCUUCUGCCUCUCCAGGGUCUGUGAAAUCAAUUCCAUCACCCGUAUCAACCAGUAAUAACAUAAAAGAUGGUCAUUUUCGAAAUGCUGGUGGUGGCAUGUCUGAUGUUCCGUUGACAGCCACUAGAGACGAGAAGAGCAGCAGUUCUAGUCAGUCUCACAACAACAGCCAAUCGUGCUCUAAUGACCAUGCCAGAGCUGGAGUUGUUUCUGGGAAGGAUGAUGCAAGAAGCUCCAGUGCUGGUUCAAUGAAUGCGAAUAAGAUGUCGGGUGGCUCUUCUCGACCUCGAAAAUCAAUAAAUGGAUUCCAAGGUUCUCUACCAGGGAACCAAAGGGAAACUGGUUCUAGCAGAAGUUUUUCUUUGCAUAAGAACCCAAUAGUAGACAAAUCAUCAAAUUCUGGAUUGACUAGUGAGAAGAUGCUUGACAGGACUAUUGUUGACGGGAAUACUCAUAAAUUGAUAGUCAAGAUUCCAAAUCGUGGUCGCAGUCCUGCACUAAGUAGUGGAGGUUCUUUUGAAGACCCUUCAAUCAGGAGUAGCAGAGCUUCUUCUCCUGUGAUUUCAGAGAAGCCCGAUCAAUUUGAUCCCAGCUUGAAGGAGAAAAGUGAUAAUUAUAGAGCUAAUGGUGCUUCAGAUGUAAAUGCUGAGUCCUGGCAGAGUAAUGAUUUUAAAGAUGUGCUUACUGCCUCUGAUGAAGGCGAUGGAUCACCCGCUGCUAUGACAGAUGAAGAACGUUGCAGGACUGUUGAUGAAACGAAGAAGGUUGCAGAAGUUUCAAAAACUGCUUCCUCAUCAUCUGGAAACGAGCAUAAAUCUGGGAAUCUGCAAGAACCUUCCUGUAGUUCUAUGAAUGCUUUAGUUGAAAGCUGUGUAAAGUAUUCUGAAGGUAAUGGAUCUAUGUCUGUUGCUGAUGAUCUUGGUAUGAACUUGCUUGCUAGUGUGGCUGCUAGAGAGAUGUCCAAAUCUGAUUUGGUUUCUCCGACUGGUUCUCCACAAAGAAACACCUCAGUUGAACCCUCCUCCACAGGCGAUGGUAUGAAGGUAAAAUUACAAGCUGUAGGUGAGCUUGGACGAAACAAAUGCCUGUCCACUAGCGGUGCUAAUAAUGAGAAUGGAAAGCGUGCUAGCGAAUCUUAUAAUGCUGUGGCUAAGGAUAAAGGAGAUAAAACUUCCUUUCUGUCUGACCAUAAACCUACAUCUGAGCACACUGGACGUGUAGAAUCUCCCAGUAUGGAUAUUCAGCAAGCUGAAGGCAUUGAAGAAAGCAAAGGAAAAUGUAAUGAAGUCAGUUUAGCUUCUCCUGUGAUCUCCCCUUCGAGGACAAGUGAGAAAGCUACAGACAGGGAAGAAGGAAAACCAACUCAAGGGAAAUCGGUUGAAGGGGGAGUAAAAACUGAGGACAUUUUAGAUGUUAAACACAAUGUAAGUGAUUCUUUGUUAAAUGAAAAUAAGAUCACUGAAGGUGGCUUAGUGAAUGAAGUCAAGACAGAACAUCUAGGAAGAUCUCCGUACUCAUUAUUAGCAACUGAUGUCAAGGCAAACCUUCAGAAUGAAGAAACAGACAGUAUUGUGAAGACAGAUGAAAAGCUGCCAGUCUCAGUGCUGCAACCUGACCCUGUAAAAGGAGCAUGUGAGGAAAUAUUGCCUUCUGAUUCUGGAAAAGAUUUGGUUUCAGAAAAAGCCUGUGAAGUAAAGACUGAGAAUGAUACGGUGGAUAUUAAGAGUCUAGUUAAUGAGUCUGAAAAUCAAAAAAAUGUACCAGAAGGUAAUUCUCCUACAACCUCAGUUAAUCGGGUUGUAGGUGGCCUAAGUUCUAGUGUAACUCAGCAAAGGAGCAACUGUUUGGAGCAUGAUGUCAAAAGUAAAGAGGUUGAACAAUGCGUCAGUGGUGAACAGGUUUCUCACAAGGUGCCAUCUGCAUAUGAUGCACAUGAGGCAGAACAACUUCUGCAGUCCGGGGAUUCCAAGUUGACUGGCAUGGAAACCAAUGAAGCUGGGGAGUGUGCAUCAAAAUGUGCUGCCGAUGCUUCUUCUAUCUCUGCUGUUGCGGUUUUAGGUGCAGAUGCAAAGGUGGAAUUUGAUUUGAAUGAAGGAUUUAAUGUUGACGAUGGGAAAAUUGGAGAGCUAAAAAUAUUAGCACCUGAAUGUUCAUCUACUGGUCAUCUGAUUAGCCCAUUUCCUUUUCCAGUUACUACCGUGUCUAGUGCCCUUCCUGCUUCAGUAACGGUGACAGCUGCUGCAAAAGGUCCCUUUCUUCCACCUGAGGACCUAUUACGGAGCAAAGGGGAACUUGGUUGGAAGGGUUCUGCAGCUACAAGUGCAUUUCGUCCAGCUGAGCCAAGAAGGGUUGUAGAUAUGCCUCUUGGUGCAGUGAACAUCUCACAGCCUGAAUCUACUGCUGGGAAGCAAGGACGCCCUCCUCUGGAUAUUGACUUGAAUGUGCCUGAUGAGAGACUUCUAGAGGAUAUGACAUCUCGGUAUUCUACCCAUGAGACAAGUUCUGCUUCCAAUGCAAUGAUUAAAAAUGAUCGAACUUGUGAUCAAUCUACAAGUGCAGCACCUUUUCGUAGUUCAGGAGGACUUGAUCUUGAUUUAAACCAGGCGGAUGAGACUUUAGAUAUGGGCAGUUUCACAAUCAACAAUAGUCGUCGAACAGAGAUUCCAAGUUUGCUAGUCAAUUCUUCAUCUAGUGGUACUUUAGGUGGGGAUGUAGGUGUUCGGAGGGAUUUUGAUUUGAAUGAUGGGCCUGUUGUGGAUGAGAUGAGUUCUGAACCAGCACAUUUUAGUCAACAUGCCAAGAGUAGUGUUCGAACCCAACCACCCGUUUCUGGUUUUAGGAUGAACAGUACGGAAGCAGGGAACUUCUCAUCAUGGUUUCAUCCAGGGAACAACACUUACUCAGCUGUUGCCAUUCCAUCUGUUAUUCCUGAUCGAGGGGAGCCUUUCCCAAUUGUUGCAGCUGGUGGGCCACAGAGGAUGAUUGGUCCCCCCAGUGGUAGCAAUCCGUUUACUCCCGAUGUUUAUCGAGGAUCUGUGUUGUCAGCUUCUCCAGCAGUGCCUUUUCCUUCUACCUCAUUUCAAUAUCCAGUCUUUUCAUAUGGAACCAGUUUCUCGAUGCCCCCAAGCACUUUCACUGGAGGUCCAACAACAACAUACUUGGACUCAUCUUCUGGUGGAAGGGUUUGCUUUCCAGCUGUGCAUCCACAGUUGUUGGGAACCACUGCCGGUGGGGUUUCUUCCAACUAUCCAAGGCCGUUUAUUAUUAGUCUCCCAGAUGGUAGCAAUAACAGUAGUGGUGAGAGCAGUAGAAAAUGGGGAAGGCAGGGUUUAGAUCUUAAUGCAGGGCCUGGAGGCCCAGAAAUAGAGGGUAGAGAUGAGUCUUUUCAUCUUGUGCCAAAACAAUUGUCUGUUGCCAGUUCGCAACCCCUAUUGGAUGAGCAAAUGAGGAUGUUCCAAAUGCCAGUUGGCACUUUGAAGAGGAAGGAACCCGAGGGAGGGUGGGAUGGCUUCAAGCAGUCGUCAUGGCAGUAGGAUCGUGUGUUAGUGAUUCUGGUGACAAAAGAAACUUUGAUUUGAGGAUGAGCAUUUGCUAACCCCUGAGGUCAUCAUCUAACUUCUGUGCUUCUUGGGGAUGGGUGGUAAGUGAGUUAUUUGAUGUUGUCCAUAGUCUCCGACCCCCACCUCUUUGCUGUAUCAAUUGUAUCUUCAAGGGAAUAUGUUCAGGUCGACAAGCCGUUGUUCCUUAAAUUUGUUAUGGGUGGCUGCAGAUCAGUUUCCCUUUUGUAGAUAUUUAACUGUUCGCACACAUACACUAUUGCCUAGGAAUCUCAAUAUUGGUGCCCAUACUGGUUUCAAUGCUUCAACUUAAUAUACAAUUGGACCCAAAAUUAUGUCCUUUUUCAACCCUGCCAAUAAUGGAGGUUGGAUUGUUCAAAUCUUUACCUAAAAAAACACCCAUCUGUAUGUGUUUGUUAAUUUAUUCUCUUAGUGUCAUAUAAAUAUAUAUUUAUAUAUAUAAGCAGAGUGGUGGUCAAAUUUCGGCUCCUAGCUUCUCUUGAUCAUACGCAGUGUUCUGGUUUAGUAUUCUUUCUAUUAGUAGUAACCUCAAAUAUGGGCCAACUUGUAGUUUUGAUAUGUAAUUCUGAAUAUUAUACCAAGCCCAGAUUAAUACUAGUACUAGAGCAUCACAACUCUUUUUUUGUUUUU